CUUUAAGCAAGGGAAAGUUGAAAUCACGUGUUCCACUGUAGAAAGUUUGACAAGUUGGUCGAUAUAAGUCCUCCGUUUUCCCGCUAUCGAAAACCUUGAAUGUCAUUCUCUCGUGUCCUUUUCUUCUAUUAAAAACCAAAAUAGGAAACUAAACCGGAAUCGAAGUGUUUUGUAUCAGCGACAGCGUAAAACCACCCAAACAUGGAAGUCGUGCAGAAAGUCAUGUCGGGAUUUAGUCUGGAUUUGGGACCUGUGAAAGAGCCACUGGGAUUUAUCCGACUCCUGGAAUGGGUUUUUACCAUUUGUGCCUUUGCAACCACUGGUGGUUAUGUUGGAUCCACUGUUUUCACUCUUAAAUGUCCAGACAAAGAUGAUGUUGAUGUUACUGCUAAUUUUGGAUAUCCAUUCAGGCUUCCGAGUCACCCAUACCUGAUUAAUCAUUGCAAUGGCUCCAAGAACACGACUUACCUGCAGGGAGAUUUCUCAUCCUCAGCUGAAUUCUUCGUCUCUAUUGGCGUCUUGGGUUUUCUGUACUGUACCUUCACCCUUAUCCUGUACUUGGGCUACCAGCAGGUUUACAGGGAGUCGAACCGAGGCCCCAUCAUCGAUCUGGUGGUGACCGGGAUCUUUGCCUUCUUGUGGCUGGUUUGCUCCUCCGCCUGGGGGAAAGGUCUGACUGAUGUCAAAUAUGCCACAGAUCCGAGCAGGCUUAUAAUUCUCUGUCUGCCUGAAGAUAAAUGUGAAAUAAAGAGUUACCCAUCUGUAGGCCGUCUCAAUGCGUCUGUGCUUUUUGGAUUCCUGAACCUGAUUCUGUGGGCAGGGAACUGCUGGUUCAUCUACAAGGAGACUCCGUUUCACAAGCCGGCAAACCCACCAGUAAACGCAGAAGAAGGAGUUUCCUCUUCCUAAUCAGACAAAAGCGGCUCCUUCCUCUCCUCUCCACACAUCCAUACAGCAGAGGACAUCACCGUUUGUUCAUGUCCACACACACACACACACUGAAGAGAAACUACACUUUAAUAUGCAAAAGCUUCAUGCAAUGCAGUUCACUACUUAUAAAUGCAAUAAGCUGAAUUCAUCAUUUCUAGAUGUUUGUUUUAUCAUUAUUAUUUUAGUGUCUGCUUGAAGGCACUGACAAAAGCAGGUCGUAAAAAAAAUUGUAUUUGAUCAUAGGUCUCCAACUUAAGUCCUGGAGGGCUGCAGCUCUGCGCAGUUUUGCUCCAACCCUAAUCAAACUAAUUAAGGUGUUUAAGACUACUUUUGAACGCCUUGAUUAGUUGGAUCGGCUGUGUUGGAAUACGCUUAUCUGCGGCCCUCAGGGAAUUGAGUUUAAGACCUAUGUGUUAGAUCAGGGGUGCCCAAACUCAGUCCAGUGUCAAGGAGAGUUUAGCUCCAACCCUAAUCAAACAUGCCUGAACAAGCUAAUCAAGCUCUAAAUAGCAUACUAGGAACUUCCAGGCAGGUGUCUUGAAGCAAGUUGGAGCUAAACUCUGCUGAACACCAGCCCUCCAGGACUGAGUUUGCCCUAUCUAUUAGAUUAAUAUCAAUUCGGUGACAUCUUUCAGCUUUAUUAUGCUUUUUGUUUUAUUAUUAAUAUUUCUAGUUGACAACCUACGAUUUCACAACUCUAAAAAUCCACUACAAUCAGACUUUAUGAAAAAUGAGCACCUAAAACACUAGUAUCACACUAAUAUCUAGCUCUAGACGUCGAAAGCUUGCUUUUCCUUGUAGUUUUAACAUCUAUUUAUUGGUGCCUUUUCAUUUGCGUUCAUGACGGGAUGUUUUUUGCACACCCAAAACACACAUCUGAGUUCUAUUUGUCAAGUAAAGGCAAACAAAAGAAAAUCCUCCUGAUUUCAGUCAUAAUAAUCUGAUAUUUAGCAUGCAACCUUUUAUUUUAAAGAUGUUUGCAUCAGUUUAAGUGCUAUUUGGUUUAAAAAAAUAACAAAAAACACUACACCAAAGGCCAUAUUUCUUAUGCCAACAGGAAAAGUCUGUUAAUUAUUCAACACUAGGCAUUGUUCAGCAGAAAGCAACUCAAAUUCCUGGAGGGCAGCAGCUCUGCACAAUUGAACAGCUUGAUUAGUUGGAUCCCCUGUUAGAAUAUGGUUGGAAGAAAACUGUGCAGAGCUGCGGCCCUCCAGGAAUUGAGUUUGAGACCUAUGUAUUAGAUCAGUAACAUUUCAGUGACAUCUUACAACUUCUAUUGAUUACAAUUUUUAAAUGAUGACCUGCGAUUUCAUAACUCUAAAUAUCCACUACAAUCAGACUUUCUGAAAAAUGAGCACCUAAAACACUAGUAUCACACUAAUAUCUAGCUCUAGACGUUGAAAGCUUGUUGUUCCUUGUAGUUUUAACUUCUAUUUAUUGGUGCCUUUUCAUUUGUUCAUGAUGGGAUGUUUUUUUGCACACCCAAAACACACAUCUGAGUUCGAUUUAUCAAACGAAAGAAAAUCCUCCUGAUUUCAGUCAUAAUAAUCUGAUAUUUAGCAUGCAGCCUUUUAUUUUAAAGAUGUCUGCAUCAGUUUAAGCGAUAUUUCGUUAAAAAAAAAAAAAACACUACACCAAAAGCCAUAUUUCUUAUGCCAACAGUAAAAGUCUGUUAAUUUUUUAACACUAGGCAUUAUUCAGCAGAAAGCAACUCAAAUUCCUAGAGGGCAGCAGCUCUGCACAGUUGAACAGCUUGAUUAGUUGGAUCCGCUGUUAGAAUAUGGUUGGAGGAAAACUGUGCAAAGCUGCGGCCCUCCAGGAAUUGAGUUUGAGACCUAUGUAUUAGAUCAAUAACAUUUCAGUGACAUCUAAAAAUUUCUAUUGAUUACAAUUUUUAAAUGAUGACCUGCGAUUUCAUAACUCUAAAUAUCCACUACAAUCAGACUUUCUGAAAAAUGAGCACCUAAAACACUAGUAUCGCACUAAUGUCUAGCUCUAGAUGUCGAAAGCUUGUUGUUCCUUGGAGUUUUAACAUCUAUUUAUUGGUGCCUUUUCAUUUGUUCAUGAUAGGAUGUUUUUUGCACACCCAAAACAAACAUCUGAGUUUGAUUUAUCAAACGAAAGAAAAUCCUCCUGAUUUCAGCCAUAAUAAUCUGAUAUUUAGCAUUCAACCUUAUAUUUUAAAGAUGUUUGCGUCUGUUUAAGUGCUAUUUGGUUAAGAAAAUAAUAAAAAAACACUACACCAAAGGCCAUAUUUCUUAUGCUAUCAGGAAAAAUAAGUUAAUAAUUCAACACUAGGCAUUCUUUAACAGAAAGCAACUUAAAUUCCUGGAGAGCCGCAGCUCUGCACAGUUUUGCUCCAGCCCUAAUCAAAGGGCUACUCUUGAACACCUUGGUUAGUUGGACAUGCUGUGUUAGAAUAGGGUUGGAGCAAAACUGUGCAGAGCUGCGACCCUCCUGGACUGAGUUUGAGCCCUAUCUAUUAGAUUAAUAUCAAUUCGGUGACAUCUUACAACUUUAAUAUGCUUUUUGUUUUAUUAUUAAUAUUUCUAAUUGAUGACCUGUGAUUUCAUAAUUCUAAAUAUCCACUACAAUCAGACUUUAUGAAAAACGAGCACUUAAAACACUAUUAUCACACUAAUUUCUAGCUCUAGACAUCGAAAGCUUGCUGUUCCUUGGAGUUUUAACAUCUAUUUAUUGGUGCCUUUUCAUUUACGUUCAUGACGGGAUGUUUUUUGCACACCCAAAACACACAUCUGAGUUCGAUUUGUCAAGUAAAGUCAAACAAAAGAAAAUCCUCCUGAUUACAGCCAUAAUAAUCUGAUAUUUAGCAUGCAGCCUUUUAUUUUAAAGAUGUUUGCAUCAGUUUAAGUGCUAUUUUUUUUUUAAAAAUUACACAAAAAAAACACUACACCAAAGGCCAUAUUUCUUAUGCCAUCAGGAAAAGUCUGUUGAUUAUUCAACACUAGGCAUUGUUCGACAGAAAGCAAACACUUGUUUAAUAGUUUUUUCUACUGUUCAGAGUAGUAAUGUUGUCUUUUGUUUGUAUUCAGCUGACUUGAAACUGUAAAUGAAGCGUCACAUGGGUUUAUGUGUAUAUUUACAGCAUCUGUGCAUGUUUUACCAUCUUAUUUUUUACAGGAGAAACCUUUGUUGUAUUGCAUUCAGUUUGAUCCUAAAAAAAAUUGAGUAAUUGUUCAAUUACGGUGAUUGUCUGUGUGCAGUGUAUGAUUGUUAUUAGUUUAAUUUUAUAUCACCAGUUAAACCUUUUUUAUUAUAUCCUCUAGUAGUUGUUUCAAAUGUAAGAGGAGCAUUUACUGCCAAAUCUGAACGUUUUAAUCCAAUAACCUGGUAUGUGAAUUUAGCUUAAAUAGUAGACCAUUGGAAUUAAUAUAAAAAGGAUUAUAGCAAUGUCGUUUGGGUUCAUUAGUGAUAACAAAGAGGAGAAAAAGUUAAAAGGGGCAUUGUGGUCAUCCUCAUUUGGUUUUGACAAACAUAAAAACGGGCCUUCGUUUGUUCUUGUUCUUGUGUUUUGUAUCUCUAUUGUGUCUCUAAGUUCAGAAGGAAAAUCUCCAGAAGGGCUGUUUGCAGUUUUGGUUAGUAUUAAAAGAGGAGAGCUGUAAAUAUAUAUUGGCUAUUGGUUUGUGUUUUUAUUUCGGAAAACAAACUGCUGUUUCCUACAUGAAACCACUAGAUGGUGGUGUUGUAAGCGCAAUAAAUCCAUCGACUACUAA